UUAUAAAUUUUUUUAAAAAAUCAAUGCAAAGUUUAAAUUUAAAUAUUUAGUUAUCAAUACUUGUUCAAAGCUUUUAUCAAAAAAUAAUAAUUGUUCAGAUUAGAUUUCAAAAUUACAAUAUUUAUGUAUUUUAUAAGAUAUAUAUUUUAAUUUAAACGAUAUUUAUAUAUACAUAUCUUUUAAUCUUAAUGAAACGUUGACACAUUAACUUUGUUGUCUUUUCCUUUUUUGUUAUUUAUAUAUUUUUUCUAGCUCGUUUAUUCAGACCCCAAAUAAAACUCUUUUUAGUUGGAAAAAAGUGGUUUAGGUUUCCGCGAGAGAUAAGAGUUACGUAAUUUCACACUGAGAUUUCGUCCAAAAGAAAGAUGUUUAGCGUAAAGGUAAGUUCGUUGAAUUCGUUUUAUAAUCGUUUUCUCUGUAAUACUAAUCUGCCAUGUAAGUUUUUUUUUUUUUUUUAAAACAAUUGAGCAGAAUUCACCUUGUUUGUUUCCUGGGUACCGGUUUUCUUCUCUUCAUGAGCUGCAUGCGUAAAUUUUCUUUUAAAAUUGUUUCAGUGCAUAUCUUUUAUCCCAAACAUGGCUCCAGGAGAUCUUGUUCUGCAUGUUUUUAAAAACUACCUUUUAAAUGUUUUUACCCCAGAUUUUGGGUACUAGCUUGACUGACCUGUAUGUGAUUUUUUUUUUUUUUAAACUGUAUCAAUGCAGCAGAUCUUUGCAUUGGAAACAUGUGUGAUGAUUUGGAGAAACCGGUGAUAAGCUUGAAGCUACUCAUAGAUGCAAAGAAAAACAAAGUUGUAUUCGCUGAAGCGGGUGAAGAUUUCGUGGAUAUACUCUUUAGUUUCCUGACAUUGCCAAUGGGAACUAUCGUUAGAUUGCUUAAGAUGCAUCAGAAGUCAAAGUCAGUCCCCAUCGGCUGUUUCAACAAUAUCUAUGCUAGUGUAGCGAGUAUGGCGAUGAAGCAUUUCAGUACCGAAGCUUCCAAACAGAUGCUUCUCUACCCUGGGAGUUUGAAUCACGACAAAUGCCAAAAGACAAAGCUGAGGAUAGAUGAUACACAGGCUACUAAAUGCUUCAUGUGCCCUAUGUUUGUGCGAAGCGGGCAAUGUAGCAAAGGGUAUAGCAAUUUCAACACCUCGAGGUGUAGCUGCGGGAAUUUGAUGAGUGAAGUCAUUCAGUUCCAAGGAGAAGGAGGCAGAGCAAGUGCAGGAGUGUUUGUGAGGAGUGCUUCAUUCAUGAUCACUGAUGAUUUGAAAGUGGAAGUCCACUCUGUUCUGUCUACCCUUAAAGUUCUUAAAGAGCUUGGCUACGCAGCAGAUUGCGAUAAGCUGGUUGAGAUGAUUCUUGACAUCAAUCUCCAAGAGGUAGCGACUUUGCUGGAGUGUUUGUUCACAUCUGAUUCUCCAUUGACGGAUACAUUUCUGAAAAAGAAAAGCUCAGUCGGUAUUAAGAGGAUGCUGAGUCCUCCUGCCUUGAGCAAUGAAGAAGAAGAAGGAGAAAGUGAAUCAAAAGGUGAUCAAACGAUAACGCUGAAUGCAUAUGUGAGGAAGAAGGAAGGAAACAUCAUGUACGUUGAGUGUGGUGAAGAUUUUGUUGAUCUUCUUUUCACUUUUCUUGCGCUGCCUCUAGAGUCUGUAUGGGGAAUAUCUGGAAAGGGAAUCAUCCUUGGAUGCGUUGGAAACUUGUGCAAAAGCUUCAAGGAGCUGAGUGCUGAUGGUUCCGGAAGAGAAGCUAAGUGUGUUAUACCUCAUUACUACAAGUGCGAUCAGAAGCAGCUGCUGCUUGAUGCUGUCACUACACAUAAGCCACCAACUUACUACCGCUUUGUUUCCUUCUCUGCGAAUCAUUUUAGAGAGUACUGUUUGAGUGACAAGUCUGAUAAGCGACUUGUGUAUGCUUGGGAUAAACUCUUGCCUGUGACUUGUAUAGAUCCCAAAUCGGAAGGAAAUAACAACACCGCUGAUCAGUCAAGUGGGUUUGUGAAGAAAGGGACAAAGUUCAUGGUGACAGAUGAUCUCAUCAUUACUCCUUCCAACGCAGCCUCAGUCUUGGGAAUGCUUAAAGAUAAACAGAUCAGCCUAGAGGAUGUCGAAUGUCGAGUUAUCAGUAUGAAACAAGAAGAGGUGAUCAGAUUAUUGAGAGCUUCAUUAGUGACGUUUUCUGCCUUGAGCACUGGUCUUCUGGCUAUGGAAUCAGAUUCAACAAGUGCUCCUGAGAGUCGAUUCUAUAAGAAGCCUAAGAUUGAGACUUGACAAGCACUGUUCAGUCCGAAACUUCUCUUGCUAAAGUUGAUCGCUAGAUAAUCUUUUAAUUUAGCAUCUAACUGUUUCAGUUACUAUAAUAAUAUUAGUUUUCUUGGACAUCAUCUACUUUUGUAUGAAUUUGUCAUUUUGACUACUUCUCUUUUAUUUUAUUUUUUGAGAGACGUUGAAGUUUAGGAUGAUAUGAAAUUAGUACCUUUAAGCUACAGAAACAACUCACUGUGUCUGUGGUUACGUAGCUGAAGGGGGAAGCUCAAAGGGUUGUUUUUGGUUUUUUACUUAUUUGGCUCCUGGAUUUUGAUUUUGACAGAGCAUUUUUAGUUAAUGACAGUAUUUAAACUAUAAUUAAAAAAAAAACGCUUUGAUGUUGAUGACACUUGAAUGUUUUACUCAUUCAAUGUAAGAAUUUAAAACCCUCUUGAAUAAAAUUGGUCCAUCGUUUUGACUCCACAAUAUUGUGCAGUGCAAAGGAGAAAGCUCAAAGGUUGUUUUUGCGCUGGCUCUUUGGUAGUAUUAGUGAACAGUCUUAAAAGUAAUGCCACUCGGGUCUGUUGUUAUUCCUCAACCGCUAUUAGGCUUUAAAAGUAGUGUGAUUGUUUUGUGAUUAGGAGUGUCUUCCAAGCUUCUCCUUUCUCUCUUGUUAUCAUAUCUUUUUUAAUCUUUUUUUUCUUUCUUUCUUUCCUGACCUAAAUGGCUGAUGAAAUGUCAGAGGAACCAAAGAUUACGUUGAGGCUUAUUAUUGAUGAAGCAAAGAACAAGGUCGUUUUGGCCGAGGCUUGUAGAGAUUUUGUUGAUGUUCUCUUCAGCCUAAUGACACUGCCAAUGGGCACCAUUGUCGGAUUGCUUAAGAAGCAUCAAAAUUCCGAGAUUGGAUGUUUCAGCAACCUCUACAAAAGUGUUGCGGACAUGAGCAUUGACAGUUUCAUGACUGGAGCUUGUAAGCAGAUGUUGCUUAAACCAAGGAGCGUGAAGGAGGCCUAUUGCAAAAGGCUUAAGCUCAACCUAAACCCAACUGAUGACCACCUCAAGUACUUUAAGUGCCCUUCUUUCUCAAGCUGCAACAUGUGCAGUGAUUUUAGUGGCUCUGAUUGCGCUUGCGGAAGGUUGAUGAUCCACUAAAUCGAGUUGACUGAAGAAGAAGAAGAUGAGAUACAAAAUGAUGUUGAUGGAGUAUUUGUAAGCGGCAGGUCUUCCUUCAUCAUCACCGACGACUUGAAAGUGUCUGUUGAUUCUACUGGUCUUGUCUUGAAAACUCUCAACAGUCUAGGCUGUUCAGAUGUUAGUAACCUUGGGGAACAGCUUCUUGAUAUUGGUCUCAACGAGGUACCUUCUUUUUCUUUUUAAUUAUUAUAUAAGGGAUUAGAACUAAUAAAGAAAACAUGUUUUGACUUCGAUUUUAUUGACUCUUCUUGCUAUAUAUAGAUUAUGUGUCUUCUUGAGUGUGUCUUCUCCUCAAAUACUCCCUUGACAGACGCUCUCUUGAAGAAGCAAAGUCCACAAGACAUGACAAACAUGCACAAACUGUCGACUCCAUCAUGCCUGGAGACAAAAACAGACGUAUCAGAAUCAGAAUUUACUAUCGAUGCCAUAGUGAGGAAACAGGACAUGAAGAUUCUAUAUGUUGAGUGUGGAGAAGACUUUGUUGAUCUUCUCUUCAGUUUUCUCGCUGUCCCUCUUGAGUAUGUAUGCGAUACCAGUUUGGGAUGCAUCGGAAACUUACGUGGAAGCUUCAAGGAUCUGACUGUUGUUGAUAAAAGGAAAGAAGGGCUAGCUUCCGAAGGUGUGUUGCUUCCUCAUUACUAUAAAUUGCAGAAGCAGUUGUCUGUGAUCACAACUGAAGAAGCACCAGUUUACUACCGUUACAGGAAUUCCAAUCCACGCCAGCCUGACUACAGCUUGACCACAGAUUAUGAUCGGACUCCGCUGUAUCGGAAGGACAGAAUAGUUCAGGUGACUGUGAUUGAUCCAAAGUCUCACGGCAGAGUUCAUCGUCAUCAGUCGGAGAAUGGAAGUGGGUUUGUGAAGAGAGGAACAAGGUUUACAGUUUCAGAUGAUCUGAUGAUCACACCUAGGGGUUGCUUGAGCACAUCAAUGUGCUUUCUGAAGAAGUAUGAGAUUAAGGCAGAUGAUGUGGAUGUUCAAGUGAUAAGAAUCUGUGAAGAAGAGGUUAACAUUUACUUCUUCCUCUAGUAGUAAUACAUUUGAAACUUUUAUUCCUAUAUAUUUAACCAAAGUGUCUUUUUUUUUAAAAAAAAAUAUCAGGUAAUGAAUGUGCUGAGAGCUUCUUUGGGGACAACCUCUGCUUUGAACACUGCACUAUGGAACUUGAUUGCUAAGAAGCCAAAGAUGGAGACUUGAAGAAUCAAACAAUCUUUUGCUAUUUUGUCGUUGGAACAUGUUGUUUAGACUAUUUUGAAUUCCACAUUUCCCUGCUUUUUUUUUAAUUUUCUUUCUGUUGACUUGAGUUUUCAACUUGGCUUUUAAUUUAUGAAACUCGGAGCCUUUUUUUUUUU